UUUAGCGAGAUCAUAAAAACUGGAAAAAACACAGAUGGUAAUGAGGCACGGUGUGACAAUUGGAUGUCCAACGCUUCAUCUCAACAAGUACGUGGAAAAGAGCCCCGGUCAAACUUCAGUGACCAGCAGCUGAACUACUCUAAGUUUGCACUGAUUGUAACGAACGAAUUUCCUAAAGCCUUGCGUCAAACGUUUCGAACCAUGUGGAACAACACGUUUGGAAAUAUGACUGGAUUUAAACGGUGGGAUGACUCCUCGGAAGUGAGAAAUUUGUUUCUUAAAACAGAGGGUGGCAAAACUAGAGUUCCUACACACCUUUCAUAUGAAGAGUGGGACUUCGUCGCCCUGAUCCAGGCUACCAUCCUCUCACGAUCCUUUGCUAUGCCAGAUAGUGCAGGUCAACCUCGUAAAGUACCGCAUUGUAAGUUCCAUGCACCUGUGAUGGGCCCGGUUGGAUAUGAUUUAGAAUCCUCAUUACACGCCAUUCAUCAGCUUCGACUGCUGAGAAAUUUGUUUUGGCACCCAUUAAGGGUCGAAAUUGAUAAAGAAACAUUUGACCACUACGUACAGCAAGCUAAAGAAGCUUUCAUCGCUCUUGGAAUUGCGACAGCCCAAAUUGAUGCCAUCGUUUCGACACCGUCAGACUUGCCCCCUCCAGUACCUUGCGAAGUGGAGGAUGGUAUCAGACAGGAGAUUCUUGUCGAUGCUAUGUGUCUCGAAGGCUUCAAACAAAAGUUGAAGAAGAAGAUUGAGGAUUUUCAGCAAGAACACGACAAAAGAAGUAAGGCUGCUACCUGUGUUUGCCUUUCUUUUUCCUUUUUUGUUGGUAAAAAGAAAAUACGUCUCCCCGGAUCUUCAAGGUGCCUUUCUAUUUAAAUGGAUACAAACCAUCUGAUGGCAUCUCCUUCCUUAUGUAUAGACUAAAAAAACAUUCUUCAACAGCGGUGGAAAUUUGUUCCAUUUUCCGCACAUCACAUGUUACAAGGGAAGCCUCGAAAAAAAAUUUAUUCCUCAUCCGUCUAAAAAUCAUCUGAGCCGCUUUUAUUCCUUGAAUAUUUCUCAGUUAAGAUAGUGAUGGAAAUAUUUGCCCACUGUCAAUCGAAGCCUGUUGUGUGCGAGGGAUGGGUCGCACAGCAUUGCGAAUACUGAAGAGUAUAGACCUCCAACAUGUAAAUUCAGAAUACUUAUUUUUUGUCUCGGCCUUUUUGUAAACGAACACUUCGUGUAAACCAAAUUGUAAAUAAAACCGUAAAGAUUUAAUCAACAACAUCAGUGGAAAAAAGAAAUGAAAAUUCAGAUGUGGGUAGAGUAAUAUCUGGAAGAUGUACAAAUGCUCCUCCUGAAAUUCAUAUCUACGAUGCAAAACAAUGCUCAACAUCGGCUUUAACUACGCAUAUUCCUUUCUGUAUGGCUGGAACGAUUGUUUCAAGACAUCUAAGGGUUAAUUUUUUUCCCUGAUAAAUGUAAGGGAUGGUUUUGUCUCUUUACAGCUGAAGACUGCAACGAGGUUCCACCACAAAUGAGCCUCACUGUUCCGAAGAUGAGUGAUGUUAAAGUGUCUCUAAAGAACUAUGGUGAUGUCCAGUUUCCCAUAGACAUUCUCCUACUAACAGUGGAGGAGUUCGAGUUUCUAAGUUCCUUUGCUAAUCUUAAAAAUCCUUUUGUAAGCCAUGAUCAGGAUGUAGGAGAUGUGUAUUUUGGAGAAAUCGGUCAACUGAGGGUGGCACUGGUUAGGUCCCAUGGGAACACAACGCCUGUUGAUUAUGCCCUAUCCUUCCAAAAAGCUAUCAUCAAAAUGAGACCGAAAGUGGUAUUUUUAGUUGGUGUUUGCGGUAGUCUCGAUGCCGCGAAAGCUCGCAUAGGAGAUGUGUUGAUAACAUCAAAGCUAGGAACAUACAGCCCAAGGGGCAUGAGAGCUCUUGAAAGCAACCGUUCUUCGUCCCUCGUACGAUUUGUUGGUGAGGGAUGGAUGGCACCUUUGCAAGAUCCCGAUGAUAGAGAGGUAAGGAUUCACCGUGGUGGCGUCUUGCUGUUCGCCCAGGACAAAAAUAUGAGCGAAGAACUGAUUCAAUCCCAUCCUGAUGCGUUUGCCAUUGAAGUGCGAGGUAAGAGUGAAAUGUUCGCAACGUGUUUUUUCUUUUUUGUCAUGCAAAAACAGAGGGCGCACCAUUUACGUGUUUUGCUACGAAGACUCGUUUUUAACGAAGUGAUUUAAAAUGCUAGUAACAUACACGAGAAAAUGUCUUUAUUUUGAUUGGCUGUGAGAAAUACCGUUUCCGGUAACACAAUGCAGGAGAGAGAGAGAGAAUUCAGUUUGAGAAAACAUGUAAUUAAGAACAAAAAAGGUAACCACCGUUUGCCUUGCUUUAAAUUUUUUCGCAGCUGAAAAUCUUUGAAAAAACAUUUACGAUAGAUAUAUUUUUUUCUUUGAACCCAACUAUUUUGACCUAACGCACAAUAUGUGCUCAAUUUACAGGCUCGUGCGAUUGUGUUGGUCUUUGAAGAUUUGCGCGUGCACAUUUAUUCAAAUCGACUUUGAACUUCUAUUUACAAAGCAGCGUUGAUCUUUUCGUUUAAGAUGCCUUAGCAACAGCCAUUACUGACAUAAAAGUUGAGAGCAUUGCUGUGAAAGGGAUUUCACAUUAUGAAGGUGCCAGUAAAGAGUCCGAAGGCUGGAAGAAAUUUGCCAGCGUUAUGGCAGCUUCUGUUGUUGCCAAUAUUUUGGAGGGAGGGACAACUUUUGAAGAUUGGCCUCACUUUAACGGUGACGUAGAAUAAUGUGUUUUUGUCUCUUAGUAAGUUGAAAUAGCCGUAGCUUGAUUUAAAAAGAGGUGAUCUAUGGGCUUCACGUUCCCCACUUUCUCGAAAACCUUGUCUUGUCUGAUCGAAUUUCGCUGGGUGGUUUGUUGUAUGGAUUCAAUGAACAAACGUUCAAUUAGGUGGUGAUUUACAUUUUUGUCUCUAGCAGAUACCCUGGCAAGCCCAUGUCUACCUCCCAGAAAUGAAUACUUUGUGGGCCGGGAAGGAAAUAUUUAGCAUCACAUAUCUAAAUUUGUAACAAAAGGCUCACUGCUAUCUUAAAAGAUUACCUGAAGAUCAGUUUUGAACGCCAAUUAUGGCAUGCGUUUUUCCACUGAAAUGAUGAGGAACACCAGGCAAGAGCAUUCCUCAACUACGAACAGAUAAAAUGGUUGGGUGGAGGGGGCCUUGCGCUCUUGCUACAGUUUCUUCAUCCCUCGUCCAUCUGUAUUGUCUUCAAGACGAUUCUAAAGGGAAAGAAUAACAUGAAAUAAUGAUAUUUAGAGACUUAUUUCGUGUGCUACUUCGUUUUUGCGCAGCAAACGGCACAAAGCGUAUAUCUAGAACUGUUUUGCUGACCUUCAUGUGCUCAAUGAUUAAAUUGGAGGAAAUUCGCAACAAAAGUGAAGACGUUCCACAAAUGUACUUUUUUGUUGCUCUAACUUGAUGUGUCUUCCAGUACUCGACUAAGAUAGACAUUUUUAACAUAAAUCCAACCCCUUUCUUUGAAGUCGUUCCUAAAUACUACCAUAAGCAGCAAAGCAUUCCUUCUUGAGCCUAAUUACACUUGCACUACUACUGAAAAAGAGAGCAUGUUAUGAAGUGUUUAGAUACUUUAUGUGGUCAGUUAGUCAGUCAGUUUAGUAUGAUUUAGUCAUCCGUCUAUAUCUAGAAUGCAGUUACAGUAUAAUUUAGAAUUUUGAAGUUGUUUAAGUUCAAGCCGUCGCGAUGAGUUCCCGAGUUGUGACUGUCUUGUCUAACUUCCAUGUGGAUGUGCCUAGUUUGUCUGGUGACCUUGCUUUGGACUCACACAAAAGUUUUUGUUUUGGCUAACGCAUUUAGAGGUUGAUUUAGUUGAUUGGAAGCAUAAUGAUUAAGUAGUCUGUUGAGCCUGAGAAAUUAACAAGAGUUACACAGGAAGAAGUAAAAUUGGAUAUAAGUAGAAUAUUGUGUACUGGAGAGCUGAGUAAUAAAAUAAAAGUAAUACCAAAUUUUUUUUAUGCCUUUUAAUUCUAUUUUAUUUUUUUCAGAUUCUUUUAGCGAGAUCAUAAAAACUGGAAAAAACACAGAUGGUAAUGAGGCACGGUGUGACGAUUGGAUGUCCAACGCUUCAUCUCAACAAGUACGUGGAAAAGAGCCCCGGUCAAACUUCAGUGACCAGCAGCUGAACUACUCUAAGUUUGCACUGAUUGUAACGAACGAAUUUCCUAAAGCCUUGCGUCAAACGUUUCGAACCAUGUGGAACAACACGUUUGGAAAUAUGACUGGAUUUAAACCGUGGGAUGACUCCUCGGAAGUGAGAAAUUUGUUUCUUAAAGCAGAGGGUGGCAAAACCAGAGUUCCUACACACCUUUCAUAUGAAGAGUGGGACUUCGUCGCCCUGAUCCAGGCCACCAUUCUCUCACGAUCCUUUGAUAGGCCAGAUAGUAAAGGCCAACCUCGUAAACUUCCGCAUUGUAAGUUCAAUGCAUCUGUGAUGGGCCCAGUUGGAUACGAUUUAGAAUCCUUAUUAUGCGCCAUUCAUCUGCUUCGACUGCUGAGAAAUUUGUUUUGCCGCUCGUUAAAGGCCGAAAUUGAUAAAGAAACAUUUGACCUCUUCGUAAAGCUAGCUAAAGAAGCUUUCAUCGCUCUUGGAAUUGCGACAGCCCAAAUUGAUGCCAUCGCUUCGACACCGUCAGACUCGCCCCCUCCAGUACCUUGCGAAGUAGAGGAUGGUAUCAGACAGGAGGUUCUUACCGAUGUCAAGUGUCUCGAGGGCUUCAGAGGCAACAAAAGUGGGGAGACCAUUACGAUAUGGAAGCAGAAGAUUGACAAUUUGCAGCAAGAACACCGCCAGGCGAGUAAAGCUUACUGGAGGAACGAAGUGGAUUUUCAUAGUUUUGUAACAUGGGCAAAAAAGGUUCUCACUGGCUACAAAGUUGAUUUAAGCUCGAGCAUUUGUUCCUAAUGUAUUUACUCGCAGAUGUGACGUAAAUGUUAAAUUUGCUUUAAAUUUACCUGACUUUUACCGCCAAGGUAAUAUGGAAGUUCCAUUAACAACUGGUUCGUACGUCAGCGUGCGUUCAUCGAGAUAUGAAGCACGCGGGAAGUUUGGAGAGCACGAAAGAUGCGUAAGAGUCGCUCGAGGCGUAGCCGAGAGCAACUCUAGCUUCUUGAGUGCUCUCCAAACUUCCUAAGUGCUUCAUAUCUCGACGAACGUACAGCUGAAGCAUGAACCAAUUGUUUUAUAACAUUUUUAACCCAAUGGAAAAUUUGUUUGCUGACGUCAUGAGCGUGCACAAUAGGAAUAUGAAGCACGCUAGCGCAAUUGAACUUGAUGAGAAAAAUUUGCUAGCUAUGUUAUAACAUACAUUUGCCACAAGAUGUGCCAUUUUGUCAGCUGCCAACUUAUGAUGUGUCAUGGAGAGAGCUUUCAGUGCUUUGAGGGCAUUCAGUGACUGCUAUUUAAAUCUUUAUUUCAUUCAUGAUCAGUUUUAAUAAAUUAAACAAGCCCAUGGAGAAGGAUCAUGAUCAACCACCCCACCCCCCAAAAAAGGGAAUGAACGAUUUCAGCAGUAUUGUAUGUUAAGUACCAAUAGUUGAUCACUUGCAAUCUAUUUUAGUUGUACCUCUAGUUCAUCUAUUAUAUGACUUAAUUGCAGUCUAAACUCAGGAUUAUUACAAAUGCACUUUUGCCAAAAGCACAAACGAAAAAAUACAGUAUGGAGUUAAAAUAAACUUCCGAGGUAAUUCUUUGAGGAAAUAAGUCAUUUCAUUGUUAAGACUUAGCAGAUUUAACAUAAAAACUGAGAGGAUCAAGUUAUCCUGGUUACAUAGAAUGAACGAUUUCAACAGGAUUGUAUGUUAAGUACCAAUAGUUCAUCACUUGCAAUCUAUUUUAGUUGUACCUCUAGUUCAUCUAUUAUAUGACUCAAUUGCAGUCUAAACUCAGGAUUAUUACAAAUGCAAUUUUGCCAAAAGCACAAACGAGAAAAUAAGUAAUGGUGCCAGUCCAAAUGCAAGUGACACUAGAAACAGACAAGCAAUAGACAGACGUCUCUUGAAACUGUAGUUAAAAUAAGAUAUUACAUGUAAAUCAAGCCUGUCUCUGAUUCGUCAUGAUGUUGCGAUACUACAAAUACAUAUGUUAAAUUGAACACGUGAAAUAUACUUAAAGUGUAAUAAACAUUAAUUAAAGCUAAAAAAUCUUUGGGAUCUCUCAUGGAAACCUUGUGAAAACAUUAAUAAUGAGGUCAUUUAGCAAAAGAUUAAACCUCUUUAAUGCCAAUCUGGUUGUUUGGGGGGCGUGUUAUCAUCUUUUUAAUGCUUAAUAAUGAUAAUAAUAAUAAUUUUAUUACGGUCACACUCAUUCAAAAUGUGCUGAUUUGCAAAGAACCACUUGUUUCAAUUUUUAAAAAAUUUAGUACCAAAUAGUUGAACAAGUACUUAAAAUAGCUAUUUUUUCUCCAUGAAUCGUGACUUCCAAGGUAACCGUAAACUGUGACUUUCCAUAAUUAGUUUUGAGAAACAGAUGGUUUCCCUUUUUUUUUGCUCUUCUUUCAAUCUAGAGUGCUACUUAUAAAACAGACAAG